CUUAGCAUCCUGGCAGGACACUCUCCGAAGCAAAGCCCCAUCCGAGAGCAAAAAACUUGUCCCGCGCGCUCGGCAUGAGAGUCACAGCGCGCGCAGAGUGUGAGAGAGCGCCUCGAAGAUCCGCGUGCGAGUCCGACAACGACUGAUUAACGAGUGCGAAGUCUAUGCAUUCGUCGUUCUCUUUCAUUUCCAUCACUGCUAUCGACGCGAGGAGGACGGGACGGAGGUCUGUUUACUCGGAACUCUAUGAGCGAGCGCGAAGAGCGCGUGAGAGUUUGAGGGAGAAGAACUCAAGUGAGAAGCUUAUAUUUGGAUCUUCACCAUGGCGUACCCUCAGGGCUACUUGUAUCAGCCAUCCGCCUCUUUGGCACUCUAUUCGUGUCCUGCCUACAGUACAAGCGUGAUAUCGGGACCCCGGACAGAGGAGCUGGGGAGAUCUUCUUCUGGCUCUGCUUUCGCUCCCUAUGCCGGAUCUACAGCGUUCACCAGCGCCUCGCCAGGCUACAAUACCCAUCUCCCGUACAGCGCUGAUGCGGCCGCGGCCACUUUCACUUCUUACGUGAGCUCCCCGUAUGACCACACGACAGGCAUGGCCGGAUCUAUAGGGUAUCAUCCUUACGCUGCUCCCUUGGGCUCGUACCCGUACGGAGACCCAGCUUACCGCAAGAAUGCUACCCGGGACGCCACGGCCACUUUGAAAGCCUGGCUUAACGAGCACCGGAAAAACCCGUACCCCACCAAAGGCGAGAAGAUCAUGCUGGCCAUCAUCACGAAGAUGACCCUCACUCAAGUGUCCACCUGGUUCGCCAACGCCAGGAGGAGGCUAAAGAAGGAGAACAAGAUGACCUGGACCCCGCGGAACCGGAGCGAGGACGAGGAGGAGGACGAAAACAUUGAUCUCGAGAAAAACGACGACGACGAGCCAAACAAGCCCACGGACAAGGGAGACUCCACAGACACAGAGGCAGAUCACAAACUCAUCAACCCAGGGGAGCUACCGUGCGACAGGUUUAAAGACGAGUCUCACGCUAAAGAUCUCGAUCCGCCUUUGACAGACUCGGAAUUAAAAGACACGGAGGAGAGGACGGAUUUGCUCGCCGAGCAAGCAAAACCCACCACCUCUUCUCCCUCCGUCCUGCAGAGAGGGAACGAUCUCAUUACGCAAGAAAAGCCCUCAGAACCGGGCCACGCCGCGAGCACGGGGAACAGCAACGUAACGUCCGUUAUUCACUCCCCCCCUUCGGCGCCCAAACCCAAACUCUGGUCUCUGGCCGAGAUCGCCACGUCCUCGGACAGGUGCAAAGGGAGCAGCGAGGCUCCGCAGGCCGCGGGGUUAGGUCAAAGCACAGUCAUAGCCAGCGCUGCCUCGCCGACUCGGUCCUCCCCUCAGUGCCCUCUCCCUAAUAACACCGUCCUUUCUCGGCCUAUUUACUACACGUCCCCUUUUUACCCGGGCUACACGAACUAUAGCACUUUCGGACACCUCCACAGCAGCCACGGCACCAACACCAGCUCCACGGCACAUUUCAAUGGAUUAAGCCAGACUGUUUUAAACAGAGCCGAGGCUCUGGUAAGAGAGAGCAAAGUAAGAAGCCAAACACAGGUAGAUCUUUGUAAAGACUCACCUUAUGAGCUAAAGAAAGGUAUGUCAAACAUUUAAUACCGGAUUCACGGCCAAUCACACGGACAUUUAUUUAUUAUUUGUGGUUGCUUAAAGAAGAAGCAAAAGAAGACGCAUUCUGAUUUAAAAAAGAAAAAAAAAGAAAAAGAAAAAAAGGGGACAAUUAUUUUCUGAGUAAAUGCUUAUCCUCAAAAUCUUAGUUUCUGAAUGGUUAAUCAAGAGGAUGUAACUUCUAAGAAUUGUCUUAAACGCUGCAGCCGCCUGAGUCUAUUUGUAUUAAAGACUAAUAUGUAUAUUUAAUGUAGCAUUUUGUAUUUAAAAUGGACAAUACACUAUCUUUGAAGUAAAUUAUGGAAAAGAAAA